AUGGCUUCGGCUCCGGGCCAUGUCUCCUACGUCAAGAUGAUGGAGCCAGUGACCCAGCCCGACCGGGAGGCGAAGCGCCGGAUUUCGGCGGCCUACGAGCCCGGCGCGAGCCUCGACCCGCGACGCAGGGAUGUGCUAGAGUCGGCGCGGCGGCGCUUCGAUGAGGCGGAGGCGAUGCAGCAGUCCCUGCGGCAGUGCCUCCACGAGGAGUUGGCACGAACCAAGGAGCUGCAGCAGCAGCUUCAGGCUCGCGCUCGGCGAGAGGAGGCUCCGAGGCUCUCACCUCGGGAUGUCGAGCUCAUACAGGAGAUGCGGAAGGAGCGCGCCAGGGCCUCAGCAAGUCGGGUCAGCGCUCUGGCGCAGCGACACGCCAUGGCCAUCGAUCUGGCGCGAGGGGUGCCCGUCCGGCCCAUCGGCAUCCAUGCCCAUGCGGCGGACCGCAGCAAUUGGGCCUUGCCAAUGGGGCACGGGCCAAGACGCCUUGGCCUUGCGCUGCCCAGCUGUUCCGUGGCAUCUUUUGCGUGUUUGUUCGGGUUCAUGGUGAACCUCCAGUCCGUGCUCGCCUGGGCGGGUGUCCAGAACCAUCGCCGUCGCCGCUUCGCACGGCUCGCGAUAGCGGACCCAGAGGUGGACGACUGCCCCGUGGAACAGGACUCCUUCCAGCUGGAGGGCCAAGACCGGCGGCGCCUGGACGUCUUGCUCUCCGAGCGCUACGGGCAGUCCAGGAGCUACUUCGACUCCUUGAUCCGGAAGGGGGCCGUGAAGGUGAAUGGCCGACUGAGAAAGAAGUCCUUCAAGGAGUUCAGGGACGGGGACGUGGUGGACGUGUCCUUCCUACUGGACGACAGCAGCUUGGACUUGGGCCCGGAGGCCAUCCCCCUGGAGAUACUCCAUGAGGAUGAACACCUGAUGAUCGUCAACAAGCCUCCGGGGCUGGUAGUGCAUCCUGCGCCGGGCAACUGGACCGGCACUUUGGUCAACGCGGUGCUGCACCAUUUGGGCGCCGCCGCCGCCGAGUUGCCCAGCACCGAGCCGGGGAAAGCGUCCGCGCGGCCGGGGAUCGUGCACCGACUGGAUGUGGGCACGUCAGGGGUCAUCGCGGUGGCCAAGACCGCGCAGGCCUUCACAGGCCUCAGCGAGGCCUUUGCCAGGCGCAAGGUCCGCAAGACCUACCUGGCAGUGGCUGUUGGGGGGCGCGGGUACUUCUUUGGGCACUCAGAGGGCGGGGGUCAUUUGGUGGACUUAGCAGUGGGCCGUUCGCGGGGGGACCGGCGCAAGAUCUGCGCGCUGCCGGAGGAGUGCGGGGGCCGCACGGCGGAGAGUUUGGUGCGGGGCCUGGCAAGGGACCAGGACCUGCUGCUGCUGGAGGUGAAGCCGCGCACGGGCCGCACCCACCAAAUCCGCAUCCACCUGGCGGAGGAACACACGCCCAUCUUGGGGGACGCCACCUACGGGUGGGCGUUCAUGAAUCGGCGCUACGCUUCCGCGGCCCAACGCCCCAUGCUGCACGCUUACCACCUUGCUUUUGAGCACCCGGUCUUCAAGGAGCUCGUGGAGUUUCGUGCUCCGAUGCCCGCGGACAUGCGGCGCCUGCUGCAGCGCAUGACCCCGGAGGAAGGCGUGGAGCUGGAGGCCUACCAGUAG